AUGCUUAUGAAAAGAGACUUAAAAGAAAGAAUGAAUGAAUCAACCUCCACAACUCCAACAUCGAAUCUGAGGAUCAGAUUCUUACGUGUACAGCAUUAUGAUGAUGAUCAUCAUAAUCGUAGUACAACAACAACAACAACAACAAAAUAUGGAUCAAUCAUUAAUCAAUUGACAAGCAUGGCGUCUGUUAGAGGAGCAAUUGUCAAAAAAGGUGAUUUAGAAAUAUCAUUAUUAGAAACAAAAGGAAUUAAAGAUGGAGAUAUAUUUUGUAUAUUGGAUCUUCCACCAAACAAACCUUUCAAAACUCAUCUUUUUAAAGGUCCUGAUCCAAAAUUCAAUCAAAAGUUUAUUUUAGAUUUAAUGACAUUAAAUGAUGAAGAAAUAAUAAUUGUAUUAAAAGAACAAAAACUUGGAGGAUCAAAAUUUCUUGGACAAAUUCAAAUUCCAAUCAAGGCUUUAUCUAUUGCUCCUGAAGCACAAUGGUAUUAUCUCACAGACAGACCAUCCAAGGCGGGCAAGACACCCAAGGUGGUCAGUGGCAGUGUGUUGAUCCAUUUGAACUUUAUUCAUCGUUAUCAAAAGAAUAAGCCACAACCAAGUGGGGUGGGACCAUCGGGACAACAACAAAAGGCCAGUCCAUGGACAAAUGGAACUUUACAGGCCAACCCACCUACACCUCAGGCGUCAUCGUCAUCAUCUGCACAAAUCCUUCAAACCUCUACCCCAUCAUCAGUGUGUAGUAGCCAAUCAUCGUCUUUUUCAUCGUUUGAAUCGAUCGAGUACUCUCAAGAAGAAGCAGUUAUCAUCGAGGAGACGUUAAAGGACAAGGAGAACAUUGUCAUGAAACAACUCAAACAACAAAAGGAUAUUAUCAAACAGUACAAUGAAACAAUUGGUCGUCGUUCAUCUACCAAUCCACAGGACAAGAUCAAGAUGCAAAAAUUGCAAGAGGAGAUUGAUGAGAUGGAGAAACUUGUCUCCAAGUCUACACCGGCCAUCAAACCAAUUCCAGCCAGCGAGAUUAACACACUUUCAUCUCAGUCGGCAAUGGAGCGGUCUGCUUCCUCAUCGACAUUGUCUCGUCGUUCGACACCACUCAAUAGAACACUCAAAGAUACUUCGCAUGAAAGUAUCUCUAGUACUCGUAGUGUCAAUGCCAGCAAGAUUGAUAUUUCCAAGUUUAGUUUUGACAAGCAGCAGCAACAACAGCAGCAGAGCAACACUCCCAUGUCGGGCACCAUCAAAUCGUCGUCAUCACUGAGCGACCUUGAGAUUCGUGUCAAGGUCAUGUCACUCGAACUAGAGAAUGAACGUCAGAGCAAGGAACAAGUCGUCGAAAAGAACAAAAUGCUGCUCAAAGAAAACGAACGACUCGAGCGAGAGGUGGAGAGGGAAAAGUUGAUGGCAUCUGCUACAUCCUCGAAAAAGAUUGAUGAUCUUACUCUCAAGGUCAAGAUACACGAGGCAGAGAUCCAGUCACUCAUUCAAGAGAAACAAAUCCUCGUUGAAAAGGCAAAGAUAUUUGAAAAGGAUGCUGAUCGUUUGGAAAAGGACUUGGAUUAUGAAAGACAACUUAAAAGAAAGGAAGGUGAUAGAAAAGAGUCGGAACGAGGUGAAGUCAAGAGAAUGACAAUGGAACUAGAAUUGGCAAACUCCAAGAUCAGACUAUUGCAAAGUGAUUUGGAAAAGAAAUCCUAUAGUAGUAGUAUGAAUGGUGCUAGUUUUGGUGGUGAUGCUGAACCUCAAGUUCAAAUGCUUCAGGUAGAGUUGGAAAGCGAAAAGAAACUAAAGGAAUUGGCAACUACCCGAGUAAAGACAUUGGAAAAGGAUGGUGACAAGGCAGAGAAAACUAUUCAACGACUCGAAGCAGAGGUGGCAAGAACAAACAAACAGCUGGAACGUGUGACAACGGAAAGAGACCAAUUGGAAAAGAAGGAACGCGAGUCGGUUGCCAGAACCGUCGAAGAAAAACUCAACGAAGCCAUCAAGCUGCUCAUUCAACUCUCGUCGAGCAGACCAGAUGGUGCAUCAGUCAUUCUGCCACCAAGCUAUGACAUUACCGUUGCCAGAAAGAUCAAAGACAUUCAAGAAAAGGUUAUUCAACAACAACUUAAAAACAGAGAAAUGGAAUUGGGAUUGAUGGAGAUGCGAUCACAAAGAAUCAAUCGUCUUGUCCAAAAACAACAAGACAUGUCGGAUGAAGACUACUUGAACGAUAGUAUCGACGACGAGGAAGACGAAGAUUGUUUGACUGGUGGUGAGGCGAGAUUGCGUGUUGGAGGAGCUCGUGGUCGUGCUCAAUUGCAACAACAACAAAUCUCUAUUCUUGUCAGCAAGUUGGAUAAAUUGGACAAGUUGGAAGAGUUGAUGAGAAAGUUGGACAAUAUGAAGACAAUGGUUCCUGCUGGCGGGGAUACCACCGGUGCCCCUUCCUCUGGCAAGCGAUCCUACACUGACAUUAAAAAUGAACUCACAGCUCUCCAAAAGACCAUCUUUAACGACAAGGCCCCUGAAAAGGAGCGUGAAGAGGCCAACAUCAAAUUUGAAAAGGUCUAUCAAGAAUUGGUUGCAACUGAAGAACAUAAACGUGAAUUAUUACAAAUUCAAGAAGAAAAGAGACGAAUCAAUGAACCUCUUAAUCAAAAAGCUUUACAAAAAUUAUUACCAAUUUAUCAAUUAUCAAAUAUAGAAAAAAAUGUAGAAUUAAAAGAAAGGGUUAGAUUAAAUCCAGAAUUAACAUUGAUUGGAAUGGAUCCAAAGGCUAUAUUAUCCAAACAUCAAAACGACUUUUUACAUUUCUUCCUUGCUAAUUUGACAUUGGAUGAGUUGAGAGCCAUUAGAGUAAGCUUGCCAAAAUGGAGAGCUGACCAAAAGAAACAAGUCGAAUGGACAACCACACUUGAAGAAAGAAUCGAUCAGUAUGCAAAGAAUCCUCCUGCUCCCAAACCAGCUCCAAGCUCAACCAAACCAAAGGUCAAUAUCAAGAAACCACCACCUCCUCCACCAGUUGCAAAAAAAGGUGCUAUCGCUCAAGUUGAUCCUCAAUCAAAUAUAAUGAAUGAAUUAUUAAAAAGAAGAAAAAGAGUUGAAUAG